UGUUCAUAAGACUUGAAGCUUGCUGUUUUCCAAGCCCUGAUUUCCCCCACACCCCUUUGACAAUAAUGGAAAAGGAACCAUCUAUUGUCCUGGGUUUGUAGUUUGUUUUUAAAGGGAGCUCAGUUUUGCUUAGCUCUGUUCCCACCACGGGUGCUGUACCGUGGGGGCUGUAGUAACAGCGGGUGUGACAGACUCGGGGACUGGCUACCUAGGAGUUCUGACACGCAGCCCCUUUUAGACACACGCCUGCUGGAGUUGCAGUCAACUUUGCAACUAGCUACUUGAGCACCAGUGGGUACAGCUGCUGUAUGUGACCUCACAGGGAGGAGCUUUCAGAGAGGGGAGCGAGAGAAACUGACUGGAGCCAGAAUCAGAGGCUGAGAAGUGUCUUUAGGACAGAGAAAUACAUAACUGGAUUGGUGGGAAAGCGAUCGUCUUCUCGUGGGGGAAUCAGCGGGCACCUGGGAGGCUGAAAUAACCGAGCCCCUGCAAAAAACCCGAGCCCUUGUCUGGAUCUGCCUACAAACCAGAUGGAAAAAUUUAAAGCUCUAGAACAGCUACUUACGGAACUUGAGGAUUUUCUGAAGAUACUGGAUGAAGAGAACCUCAGCAGCACAGCUGUAGUGAAAAAAUGCUUCCUUUCUGACCUCCUGCGAGUGUACACAAAGACAAGCAGUGGUGAUGAGGAAUACAUUUACAUGAACAAAGUGACCUCGGUUAAACAAAAGGAUGGACAGGAGAAAGAAGGUAGAGCACUGGAUUGCGGAGAGUCUUUGUCCAAUGGGGAAUCAGGACACCAUUCAUCUCCUCCUCAGAAGAGUCUGCCGGACCUUCCUCCUCCAAAAAUAAUUGCAGAAACGAAACUGCCUUCGAUCCCCAAGAUUGAGUCUCCAGAGGCAUAUUAUGAAGAGGCUGAGCCAUAUGAUAUCUCUGUGAAUGGUAUUCUUGGUAGGCUUGCUGCUACUGGAGCCAGGACAGGGUUGCAGGUUACCGAGGGAGUAAUUUAUGCCACAAUAACCAUGGAAGACGGAGAAGCAGUCAGCAGCUCAUACGAAUCCUAUGAUGAAGAAGAGAGCAGCAAAGGGAAGUCAGCAACCCACCAAUGGCCAUCCACUGAAGCCACCAUUGAGCUGAUGAAAGAUGCCCGCAUCUGUGCUUUUCUCUGGAGGAAGAAAUGGCUGGGACAGUGGGCCAAACAGCUGUGUGUCAUUAAGGACACUAGAUUGCUGUGCUACAAGAGCUCCAAGGACCACACCCCUCAGCUUGAUGUGAACUUGCUGGGCUGCAGUGUCAUACACAAGGAAAAGCAAGUGAAGAAGAAAGAACACAAGCUGAAGAUCAUUCCGAUGACCUCAGAUGUGAUUGUGCUGGGCUUGCAGAGCAAGGACCAGGCCGAGCAGUGGCUCAGAGUAAUCCAAGAGACCAGUGGCCUUCAGUCUGAAGGAGUGGGUGAAGGAAAUCAAUAUGUUCCAGACUCCCACCGUCUUAGUUACCUCAAGGCGGACUUGUCUGAGAGGCAUUCUGUGGCAUCAGAGAGCGGGAGCAGCACAGACGGCCACCCGGAAUCCAUUGAAACAAAAGAUGUCAAGAAGAAGGGUACAACUGGCCUUAAACUGAGCAACCUGAUGAACCUUGGGAGAAAAAAAUCCAGCUCAUUGGAGAGUCCAGAGAGGACACUAGAAACUUCCAGUUACCUGAACAUACUAGUGAACAGCCAGUGGAGAUCCCGUUGGUGUCACAUCAAAAAUGGUCACCUCCAUUUCUACCAGGACAAGAAUAGAAGUAAAUCUGCACAGCAACCUCUGAGUCUGGCGGGCUGUGAAAUUAUUCCAGACCCCACCCCUGACCAUCUCUAUUCUUUCCGUAUUCUGCACAGUGGGGAAGAACUAGCCAAAUUAGAGGCCAAGUCGUCUGAGGAAAUGGGCCAUUGGCUGGGCCUUCUCUUAUCAGAGUCAGGCUCGAAAACAGACCCAGAAGAAUUCACCUAUGAUUAUGUUGAUGCUGACAGGAUUUCCUGCAUCGUGAGUGCUGCAAAGAAUUCAUUCUUCUUAAUGCAAAGGAAGUGCUGUGAGCCCAACACCUAUAUCGAUAACCUGCCGAAGAUAAGGACCCAGGAGGAGGAACUCUAUGAUGAUGUGGACCCGCCGGAAGGAACCAUGGAAGAAAUACCCCAAAGUGAAAACAAAGACGAAGAGGACCCAGACAAAGUGUACCUAGACCUCACACCGGUUAAAUCCUUCCUGCACUCUGCUGGCAGGAAACCGGCACAGACGUCACCUCCACUCUCUCCAUCUGUAGACUAUGGAACGGAAACACCCCUAUUGGCUAAGGAAGCAGAGCCCCGUAGAACGUCAAUGGAAAUCCCAGACCAGACACUUCAGGAGAAGAUGGAGCCGGAAGAGUCACCAUCAAAGACAACCACUGUCAAAAUCCAGAUGCAGCAGCAUAAAAUCGCCUUCCCCCAGAGCAGUCCUGACAUCAAAGCCUCUCGCACAGUUACGGCCAGUCCACAGUUAGCGUCGGCGCCCAGAGAGAAAGUGGAAUGGCCCAAGGUGGCAAAUACAGUGCCUGUAGAAACCAAACUGGGCAAGAACAGGAUGGAAGCUGAGGUGAAGCGGUACACAGAGGAGAAGGAGCGGCUGGAGAAGGAAAAGGAGGAAAUCCGGUCUCAGCUGACCCAGCUUCGGAAGGAGAGACGGGAGCUGAAAGAGACGUUAGCUAGCUGCCCAGAUAGCAGCCUGAUGGCUAAUGUGGAGCAGAAGCUGAAGGAAAUAGAUGAGGAGUGCAAAAAGAAAGAGAGCAGGAGGGUUGACCUGGAGCUGAGCCUUGUGGAAGUGAAAGAGAACCUGAAGAAAGCAGAGUCUGGCCCGGUGACACUUGGCACAACUGUGGACACCACACACCUGGAGAACGCAAGCCCCAAGGUCAAAAUGGCCAGCCCGACAAGUAGCCCAGAGCACUCCCCGGUCAACUCGGCAACAGCUUUAAAAAACAGGCCUUUAUCCAUCAUGGUUACAGGGAAAGGGACAGUUCUACAGAAAGCUAAGGAAUGGGAGAAAAAAGGAACCAGUUAGGACGACUCCAUUGUCAAGGAUGGACUAAAAAGACUGGAAUUGCCCAUACAUGGACCAGAGGAUUCAGUCAUCUGUAGGCAAAGGGCCAGGCUAGAACGGCAAGCUAUCCUGUCCUCUACCACCCUGUGCCGUUUGCUCAGUCAGAAGGAGUGGGACAGUCUGCGAUCAUCCCAAACCAUCCUGCCCAUUCCCAUGGCACAGCUGAGAAUAACACAAGUGGCAACCUUUGCAUCAGCUUCCUAACCUGAUUGAUGUAAACAAGACUGUUACGGUACAGAGGGCUGGUUUGCGUCUGUCUACUCUGAAGUUUUAUCAUUGCAUUAUUCAUGUUUCUUUAUUAGUGAGAACUCCCCUUGGAGCAGAGUCAGAGGGGGAUGUGGUGCUUGUCUUUACAGGCCUGUGCUUUCUAUACUCAACUAUCAGAGGGGUAGCCAUGUUAGUCUGGAUCUGUAAAAGCAGCAAAGAGUCCCGUGGCACCUUAUAGACUAACAGACGUAUUGGAGCAUGAGCUUUCGUGGGUGAAUACCCACUUCGUCGGAACUAUCACUCCCAGCCUGUGUCCAUGCAGAAGUAGGGAAAAACCCCUCCUACUGAGAUGUGAAACCUGCACCAUGGAAUGGGAAGCAGCAUUAGCCAGGCCUAGGAAAUCAGAGUAGAGGUGUGUUAGAAGGAAACGAGGGGGAGCUAAGCGUAAAACCGUAUCCACCUACAAGUCAAGUCUUGGAAUAACUGUCAGUGAUAGGAACCACGUAGCCACCUCAACUUCUCAGAACCAUUUCCCAGCCUUUCACGUGCCAGAAUACAAGGAUGAGCCCUGCUUAAUUGUCUGUCUAUAAAGGGGCAGGUUUUGGAGCCUAGUUCAAAGGGAUAUACCCAAAAGCGGUUGCCAGGAGAUUGAAUUCAGCUUGCUUUAUGGAAAUUGUGAGUAUUGUCAAAGAGCCAGAGCCUCAACUGAGAACAAGAGGAUAGUAUUGGAGGUUACCUAUGACGGCCUAUUAGCAAUGGUUAUUAUAAAAUGAGAGAGUAGCAUGCAACCCCUUCAAAUUAUGCAGCUUUGGGUGGCUCUAAAACCCUGGCUGGCAUUUAGGGAUUUUUACAACUGGAGAGGGAAGCCUGGUUGGCAAGGACUGAGUCCCACCCACCCUUUCCAAUAGUAACUGUUGCUCAUUGAUUUUGCUCUUAAACAGGAGAGGAGAUGAAAUAAUCAGCUCAAUGACAGUGCUAGGAUCCUGGGGACAACACCCCCCCCCCCCACCACACACACACCCCGCCUUCCUAGCCUGUGGAACUGGCAUGCUCCUUCACUAUCCAGCUAGGUUGGAUUAGCUUUUCUAGAGCCCCUGGUUCUGCAGGCUGCCGUACCAAAGGACAGUUCCUGUCACGGCAGCUCUCAGGACUGGAGUCCCUAGGGAUGCUCCAGCAGUGGGGGCAGACCCUGCAGCCAAUUCCACAGCAUGGCCUCCUGCAUGCUAACCAGCACAGCAGGCAAGGAGUUCUAAGAGGGGAUGCUGACAGAUUUCCUCAGCCCUGGUGUUUCUCCAAGACCAAGAGUGAUCUCAGCCUUUAACACGGUGCAUGGUCAGCAGCUCCUCCAUGGUGCAAUUAACACACAGGAAUAACAACCAGGGCCGGCUCCAGCAUUUUUGCCACCCCAAGCGUCGGCGGGCGGGGGGGCCGCGAUCGGCGGCAGCUCUACCGCUGCCACUUCAUUCUUCGGCAGCAGGUCCUUCCCUCCAAGAGGGACCAAGGAACCUGCCGCUGAAGAUCCGGACGUGCCGCCCCUUUCCGUUGGCCGCCCCAAGCACCUGCUUGCUGCACUGGUGCCUGGUGCCGGCCCUGACUACAAGUAGAAGGCCGACCCUCCACUGUUUAGCCUUCAGCAUUGAUUGAACAACCAGGGCUCCAGGGCCAGAAGCAGGCACUCCCACCAGUGGCCACUAGGUGGUGUGGCAGCAUCACACUUUCGUAUUCUCCGGUUUUUUGAUUAGCCAAUCUGGCCUCAUUCCCAGUUAGAUCAGGUAAAAGGGGUUCUGCUGUAUUAGACUCAUUGGAUCCAGCUAUUUAACAGGGUUCUUACGCGGCUUCAAAGAAUUAACACCCACAAGUCACCUUGAAACGGACUCUCUAUUCAGUGGGAGAUUAAAUGCAAAGGGAACGAAUGAAGGCCAACUCCACAAUUUAUACCCAGCCCUCCUCCCAUUGUUUUAAAAAAAGCCUCAGAUCUUCACUAGCCGUACAGUGGUGUUUAUCUGCCUUUCCUCCAGUACUUCCCCUGACCAUCUCGGAAAGAAAGCAUUAGGGCCCUGCCUCUGCAAAGCACAUCAGGGGAGAUUCUGCAAGGCAAGACAGGGCAGUCAGUUAGGCAUCAAAUGCCAGGUUUGCCUUUGAAAGUCUCCCCCUAAGCACAAGCAUUGCUGACUCGGGGCCUUGGAGAACAAGGAGUGCAUUCACAAGCCACUCCCUGCCUAGCACUGGCCCCUGCUACGUUCAGAAAUAUAACCUAGACGAAGGCACGACUGUGGUGGAGGGUCUGACAAAAAUUCAGGUUUCUCUUCCUCCCUCUCCCCCACACAGGUGGGGUAUUAGCCCCACCAAAGUUUCAUUUUCUACCCAUCAUGCAUUUCCUGUCCCAUGAGAGCCUUGCCACUCUCCUCCCCCCCCCCUUUUUUUUGCUCUAACAUGAGAGCUUCACUUUAGUGUGUGUUAGUCAUUGCAUCCGGCCUGGUCCACCCCACGCCCUUCUCCUGCCAUGGUGGCAGAAACCCGCCUCUUACUUGUAGACAGAGCCAGAAGACCAGUGGCUUGAUCCUCCGUGCCCUGUUGCUGCAGAGUGGUCCUGUAGCUAUUCCUAGGUAUUAUAGCUAAUACUAACUCUUAUCGGGGGAUUUAGAGCAUCGAGCACGUUCCACAUCUACCCACUGGGUGAGUCCUGACCCCCACCAAACCGUUAAACAGUGAAUGCCUCUGUCAUUGCCAUGGUCUUCCUAAUUCAGUGCCGUUUUCUGGGGCAUAACUGUGACCCAUCCUGUGGCGCUUUCAAGGUUGUUGUUUUUUUUAAAUAAAAUUUGAAUAUGUUAAA